AUGUCCAAUGACAUGCUGAGCGCCAUGGCGCAAUUCACAGACAAGACUGGAACAUUAGCACCGCUCGAAGGCGACAUCCGCCGCGGCCUGAAAGCCAUCGCAGUAGCGGCCUUCAUGUCCAUCUCGAGCACCGUCUUCCUCUUCGGCUACCUCUCCUGGCGCCUGAUCACCUGGAAGCAGAGAGGCUACGCCCAUGUAAAUCAAUACGUCGCCAUCCUCCUCAACCUCGUCUUCGCCGACUUGAUCCAAGCUAUCGGUUUCUCCCUAAGUCUACACUGGCUCCGCGACAACAGCAUCACUGCCGACACAUCUGCAUGCUGGACGCAAGGCUGGUUCAUCAACGCGGGCGACGUCGGCGCCUGCUUCUUCACCCUCGCAAUGGGCGUGCUCCUCUUCUGCGACAUCGUCCUCGAACGCCGCAUGAAACGCUAUCCGGUCUUCCUCGCCAUGAUCGUCGGAAUCUGGACGCUCGACUUCUUCCUCGCAUCCAUAGGCGUCGCCCUCCAUCCCGCAGACUUCUACCGCCGCGCCGGGAUGUGGUGCUGGGUAAACGAGAAGUACCUCGACGAACGCCUCGCGUUUCACUACAUCUGGGUUCUCCUCACAGAAUUUGGGACCGUAGUUCUCUACACCAUAAUGUUCAUAACACUCUGGCGCCGGGUGCGGCAAGUUCAAUGGGACGGCGAAGACGUGCGCCUUAGACGACGAGCACAAUCUGCGGCAUGGAGCGUCAUCGCCUACCCAAUCGUCUACGUCCUCUGUACCCUUCCCGCCGUCAUCGCCCGCUUGGGGAUCAUGACAGGCCGCAAAGUCGGCUACAUCGAGCUCUCCGUCGUGGGCUUCAUGCUCACAUCCAACGGAUGGCUGGACGUAAUCCUCUACACCACCACCCGCCGUAGUCUCAUCACGGGCCCUCCUAUGCGGGACCAGGAGCUCCAUGCUCUGGAUACGUUCGUGAUGUGUCGUGGCGACGGCGGCACCGCUCCCAAGAAAUCAGCAGACCAAAUGAAAAAGUCGGAAAUCAUCGAGACAGAACGACAUGAUGUCUCAGUUGGCGACUCCUGGAACGACGACGAUAUCAGUCGUGAAGUCAUCAUUGAGAGCAAGACGAGAGACUUCACCGCGGAGCUGGAUGCAGUGUGGAGGCCGCAGAGUAUGGAGCCUCCGCCAGGCGUCAGGGCGCACCAGGCGUUAGAUUGGGAGACGUUUGAAAGGGUAUGUAAUGAACAUGGCAAGCACCGCGAGGCCUUUGAAAAGAUUGGUGAGGCGAAGUGA